AGGGGUUAUGUAAGCUUAAGCCUAAUCAGCAACGCUCAGGACAGGCUGCUAGCGCUUCGGUCCAGUGCAACCAUCUCGUUUUACCAACUCGCAGCCUCAAUCUCUCAGCAGUAUCAUGGUAAACUUUGCGGAGCUCAAGCAGAGGGCAGAGAAGGCCAAAGAUGCGAGCGUCACAAAGAUGGUGAACACCAGGGACAAAUAUUCUAGUGUUCCCUCCUCAAAAACGACCUGGGAUCCUAACUACAAGCGCGCACCUCCAGCUGCUUCAGCAGGGUCGGCGGGUAAUGGCCCUCCACCGCCUCCGCUGCGAACACGUCCAGAUGAUUCUGGAAGUACGAGAAACUCGGUUGCUUCACUCCCUCCUCCUUUGGCUUACGGUUCACGGCCCGAUGUUCAUUCCCCACCAUUGCACAGCCAUAUUCCUCCUCCACCCACACGCACUAAGAGCUCUUACCCGUCGCAGACGGGAUCAGCAGAUCAGGUGAAUCACAUAGAUUGGGCGAAUUUGUCGCAGGAAGACAAGGAUGAAUUUUUCGGUUGGCUGGACGAAUUCUUCUCCCGAUAUCUCGAUAUCGCUCUGCCUUCCAGACGCCCAUCUGUAGUAAUGAAAGGAAGUUCUGCGGUCAUAGCGCAGUCAGCUGGACCUCCGCCGGUCAAUCUCAAUUCACGGCCGUCCUGGUGAAUGGCCACCUGUAUUUGGUGCUGUACCUCCGUACUGUUUUCCUUCAUUGUGAAUCACUCCUGUGGGAUCCUCACCUGACUACAGGUGUUCAGAAUAGUCCACUUUGUGAAGCCUGAAAGAUUAAUGCAUAAAUAUUAAAGAA